GCCCUCAGUGCGGCCUGUGCGGCCCGGGAGGGGCGGUUGCCCCGGGGCCCAGAGAGAGGCCGGAGGUGCGGGACUCGGACCACGGACCCGGUCGCCUCUUCCCGGCCAGCCGGGCGGUGCUGGACGCGUGACUCUAGGCGCGCACCUGUGAGGACGUGAGCUGUGGAUUGACAGCCGGACGCCAGCAGUGCCCACCUGGGGUCGCCCCCAACCUCCUCUCCCACACUUCGAGCCGGCGUUUGGGUGACCGUGAACCAGGAAAGACAGCUGUGGCCGGCCGGGAGCGGUGGCUUAUGCCUGUAAUCCCUCCACUCUGGGAGGCCUAGGAGGGAGGAUAGCUUUGAGCCCAGGAGAUGGAGAUGGAGACCAGCCUGGGCAACAUAGCUAGACCCCUCUCUACAAAAAAAAAAAAAAAAAAACUUAGGUCGGCGUGGUGGCACGCGCCUGUAGUGCCAGCUACUCCGGAGGGUGAGGCGGGAGGGUCACUUGAGCCCCGGAGUUUGAAGCUACAGUGAGCUAUGAUUGAGCCAUUGCACUCCAGUCUGGGUGACAAAGCAAGACCCUGUCUUAAGAAAAAAAAAUCCCAAACAAAAAACUCCCACCUGUGUCAUCAGCUUUUUGUCAGAUGUCCCCAAAUUUACAAAAACUGCCCUUUUCCCUCUCCAUCUUCUGUUAGUUAGGUUGCAUCAUUCACCAACUUGGGCACCCGACUGAUGGUCUUUGCGUUUUUUAAAUUUCAGUUGACAGUCAGCCUUUGUUUUUUUUGACCCAGUGCUUAGGAUGGUGGUUACGUGUUCAGCCCACUCUGUCACCUACCUCGUGACUUGGGCCAGUCAAUUAAUCUCUGUAAAAAGUCUGCUGCCUUGCUGUAAAGGGAACAACAGAUCUUUCCAUUCAGCUGUUUUUGGAAAUGGGCUUAGCUUCACAGUGCAGUACUGCACAAAAUUUCGUGGACAUCGGUAGCAUUGUUCUCAUUAAUAUUUAAAUGUGUUUUGCUUUUAAUCUGUUUCUUGUCCCUUUCCUCUGUUUUCUGGAAUAUUGCCUCACUUUUAGCACUAAAAUGACGUUUUCUGCAUAUGUCACACCGUAAAGCCCCUGUGGGGAAUUGAAUCUUAUCUCAGGUUUGAACAUUGCCUGGAGGCUGUGCUUAGAUAUGGGAUGAAAUUGUGCCACUAGCAAAUAAAAAAAUACUCUUUCUUGUUAGUACCAUGUAUGUAUUAUGUCACACUGAAUAUGAAUGACUGUUUUCUCAGGUCCCCCAAGGUACUAGUUAUGCAAAUAACUAGUACCACCUCCACAUAACUGACACUACCCAGACAAAAGGGGAAGAAGUUCAUGCAUUACAUACAAUGUAUGGCUUAGAGCGUUGGGAAUUAACCUGAUUGAGAAAGAUAACUCAAUAAAAUGGCAAAAAAUUGAGGGGUGAGCUUUUUGUAGUAGUUUCCAAAUUGGAUCAAUUACAUUUAGGAUUUAAGUCAGAAUAGAAAUUUUGGACAUAUAAAAACAUUGAGAUGGGAAUGUCUCAUUUUCUUGGACAGUUUUACUUUUGAACAUUUUCAUGACUCCGCUGGUCUUCUGUUAACUACACUAACCAUAACUAGUGCUUUUCAGCCCUUGCCUACCUGUGCAGGCCGGAGUAGGAGUGGCCUGGUGCUUUCAUGGAUUCUGUAACUCUGCUCUCUCACUCUGCACAGUAAGCUUUGCCUACAGAUUUGGUUAGAUAUUGCUGCGUCAUUUCCUAGUUUUCCAGACUAGAUGGGAUGGCCAUGCUCUGCAUCCCUGUAGCCUUUAAAUCACAGUUCCUAUUCUAGUUAGUAUCUUUUUCUUAUUAGGAAGUGAGACUGUUUAGCAUAGCAGCUUGACUUGAAAUAGUAAAUUUAAUAGUUGUUGGGUUUAAGCUGUGGUGUUUAAGGUCUACAGGUGGAAAGCUUGACCAUUUAUUUGUGGUUGGCUACUGUUAUUUUGAGAUUUAAAAUAUGAUCAGGUUGAUGAGUUGGUGGAUAUCUCAGUCUACUUGGGUCUACUUUUGAGGGAUACCUCAGUCUACUUGGGCUGAAAUAAGGACACACCUGAAUCUCAUGCCCAUAUGUUGAGAUGGAUCUCAUUCUGUCACCCAGGCUGGAGUGCAGUGGCGCGAUCUCCGCUCACUGCAAUCUCCACCUCCCAGGUUCAAGUGAUUCUCCUCCUUUGGCAUCCUGAGUAGCUGGGAUUACAGGCAUGAGCCACCAUGCCUGGCUAAUUUUUGUAUUUUUAGUAGAGACAGGGUUUCACCAAAGUGUUGGCCAGGCUGGUCUCAAACUCCUGACCUCAGGUGAUCCGCCCACCUUGGCCUCCCAAAGUGCUGGGAUUACAGGUGUGAGCCACCAAGCCUGGCGUGUUCUCAUAUGUUAUACCCUUAAAAUCAAAUGCAUAAAUACUGAAUGUGUGUGUUUAUAAUUGAAUGCCCUACAAUCAAUUGAUAAGUUUAACCAAAGACAGUUUAUACAAAUUGGCAAUAUCAAGCUUUUUGUCUGUUUAAUGUACACAUUCUAUGCUUGGAUAAAGUGGAUAUAGUUUUUUUUUUGAGAUGGAGUUUUGCUCUUGUUGCCCAGGCUAGAGUGCAAUGGCACGAUCUCGGCUCCCGCAACUGCUGCCUCCCGGGUUCAAAUGAUUCUCCUGCCUCAGCCUCCCGAGUAGCUGGGAUUACAGGCAUGCACUACCACGCCCGGCUAAUUUUGUAUUUUUAGUAGAGACAGGGUUUCUUCAUGUUGGUCAGGCUGGUCUCCAAUUCCCAACCUCAGGUGCCUCAGCCUCCCAAAGUGCUGGGAUUACAGGCGUGAGCCACCGCGCCCGGCCUAAGUGGACAUACUUUUUAACCACUAUAUUGAUAAUUAUGUAUACUGAGGGAGGGGCAAAUUCUCCCCUAAAUUUUCAUUCAUUAUUUAGUUCAAUAGGUUUUUAUCAAGCAGAUUUGAACUGAUAUGCAGCACAGUGGAGCCUGCCUAGUUACCUUCCUUCUGGGUGAUGGUGAAAGCCUCCUGCAUACCCCGCUCAGAUUUCAUCUUUUUCUUCUCUGGCUAUAUCCUGUAUUUGAAAGCCUUUUCAAAUCAAUUUGCUGUUUUUCUUAGAGAGAUUUCAGGAAAGAAAACGAGAGAUAACUGGGUAUUUCUGAUUUGCUAACCAAUCUUGAUUCUAAUCUUCUUUUUGAAAAACUACAAUCACUCCUGACUGGAGUUUACAUUCCAUUAAAGUAUGUCUGAUUGCGUCUGCAUAUGGUAAAUGCCUUUCCCUGAAAUAGCUUUUCUCUCUGGAUUUAACUGCUGUGUGAGCAUCCAGAGACUUGCGCACUUCCCAGAUCUCAGGGAGAGGAGCAGGGUUGAUUUCACUAUAAGGAAGGCGUAAAGAAAAACUGCCUUGUGCCCUGUGCUGUGAUGGCUGUAGGGAAUGAAGGAACAGCCCUUCAGGCUUCUGUGAGUAAGGAGCUUCUGUUGGUGGGUACGUACUUCUAAGCCUCCUCAUCUUUUUUUUUUUUUUUUGAGAUAGGGUCUCACUCUGUCACCCAAGGCUGGAGUGUAGUGGCAUGAUCUCAUCUCACUGCAACCUCGGGCUCCCAGGCUCGAGUGAUCCUCCCACCUCAGCCUCCUGAGUAGCUGGGACUACAGGCGCCCACCCCCAUGCCCAACUCAUUUUUUUGGUGCUUAAACAGUCACAGCUAAACAAGAAACACACGGUUCCUGCGGCCUGCAGAGGAGCAUCAGAUAAGCUUAUUUCCAUGUCACUUGGAAUUAUAGGGGAGGUCCAUUGAAGACUUGAACAAAUGGGCCCUAUUUCUUGUGUCUCCUUUUAUACUUGAAGCAGAACACAUAGCAUUUGUCACGGAGAGCAUUUGGGUACAAAGUGAGAAUUUACAGAGAUCAUCCUCUUCAGAAACAAUUGUCAAGUGGUCAGACUGUUGUUUGCCAUUAGCUUGCAGACCUGGGGAUCCUUAUCAGCUAAUUGCUGAAGCGAGUGUGGACAACUUCAGCAAGUUGGGGGUGGCGUUCAUGGAAGAUAGACUCCACAUGGAUAAUGGACUGGUACCCCAAAAGAUUGUGUCGGUGCACUUGCAGGACUCCACUCUGAAGGAAGUUAAGGAUCAGGUCUCAAACAAGCAAGCCCAGAUCCUAGAGCCGAAGCCUGAACCUUCUCUUGAGAUUAAGCCUGAGCAGGACGGUAUGGAGCAUGUUGGCAGAGAUGACCCAAAGGCUCUUGGUGAAGAACCCAAACAAAGGAGAGGCAGUGCCUCUGGGAGUGAGCCUGCUGGGGACAGUGACAGGGGAGGGGGCCCCGUUGAGCAUUAUCACCUCCAUCUGUCUAGUUGCCACGAGUGUCUGGAACUUGAGAAUAGCACCAUUGAGUCAGUCAAGUUUGCGUCUGCCGAGAACAUUCCAGACCUUCCCUACGAUUAUAGCAGCAGUUUGGAGAGUGUUGCUGAUGAGACCUCCCCCGAAAGAGAAGUGAGGAGAGUCAACCUCACCGGAAAGGCACCCAACAUCCUCCUCUAUGUGGGCUCCGACUCCCAGGAAGCCCUUGGCCGGUUCCACGAGGUCCGGUCUGUGCUGGCCGACUGUGUGGACGUUGACAGUUACAUUCUCUACCACCUGCUGGAGGACAGUGCUCUCAGAGACCCGUGGACGGACAACUGUCUGCUGUUGGUCAUUGCUACCAGGGAGUCCAUUCCUGAAGACCUGUACCAGAAGUUCAUGGCCUAUCUUUCUCAGGGAGGGAAGGUGUUGGGCCUGUCUUCAUCCUUCACCUUUGGUGGCUUUCAGGUGACAAGCAAGGGUGCACUGCAGAAGACAGUCCAGAACUUGGUUUUCUCCAAGGCUGACCAGAGCGAGGUGAAGCUCAGCGUCUUGAGCAGUGGCUGCAGGUACCAGGAAGGCCCCGUCCGGCUCAGCCCUGGCAGGCUCCAGGGCCACCUGGAGAAUGAGGACAAGGACAGGAUGAUUGUGCAUGUGCCUUUUGGAACUCACGGGGGAGAAGCUGUUCUUUGCCAGGUGCACUUAGAACUACCUCCCAGCUCCAACAUAGUGCAAACUCCAGAAGAUUUUAACUUGCUCAAGUCAAGCAAUUUUAGAAGAUACGAAGUCCUUAGAGAGAUUCUGACAACCCUUGGCCUCAGCUGUGACAUGAAACAAGUUCCUGCCUUAACUCCUCUUUACUUGCUGUCAGCUGCGGAGGAAAUCAGGGAUCCUCUUAUGCAGUGGCUUGGGAAACACGUGGACUCCGAGGGAGAAAUGAAAUCCGGCCAGCUCUCUCUUAGAUUUGUUUCAUCCUGCGUGUCUGAAGUAGAAAUAACCCCAUCUUGUAUACCUGUGGUGACCAACAUGGAGGCCUUCUCAUCAGAACAUUUCAACUUAGAGAUCUAUCGCCAAAAUCUGCAGACCAAGCAGUUGGGGAAAGUAAUUUUGUUUGCCGAAGUGACCCCCACAACGAUGCGUCUCCUGGACGGGCUGAUGUUUCAGACACCGCAGGAAAUGGGCUUAAUAGCGAUCGCGGCCCGGCAGACCGAGGGCAAAGGACGGGGAGGGAAUGUGUGGCUGAGCCCUGUGGGAUGUGCUCUUUCUACUCUGCUCAUCUCCAUUCCACUGAGAUCCCAGCUGGGACAGAGGAUCCCGUUUGUCCAGCAUCUGAUGUCCGUGGCUGUCGUGGAAGCAGUGAGGUCCAUUCCCGAGUAUCAGGAUAUCAACUUACGAGUGAAGUGGCCCAACGAUAUUUAUUACAGUGACCUCAUGAAGAUCGGCGGAGUUCUGGUUAACUCAACACUCAUGGGAGAAACAUUUUAUAUACUUAUUGGCUGUGGAUUUAAUGUGACUAACAGUAACCCUACCAUCUGCAUCAACGACCUCAUCACAGAAUACAAUAAACAACACAAGGCAGAACUGAAGCCCUUAAGAGCCGAUUAUCUCAUCGCCAGAGUCGUGACUGUGCUGGAGAAACUGAUCAAAGAGUUUCAGGACAAAGGGCCCAACAGCGUCCUUCCCCUUUAUUACCGAUACUGGGUCCACAGUGGUCAGCAAGUCCAUCUGGGCAGCGCAGAGGGACCAAAGGUGUCCAUCGUUGGCCUGGACGAUUCUGGCUUCCUCCAGGUUCACCAGGAGGGCGGCGAGGUUGUGACUGUGCACCCGGACGGCAACUCCUUCGACAUGCUGAGAAACCUCAUCCUCCCCAAACGGCGGUAAUGCCGGGCGUCCCCGAGACGGGCCUGGGCCUGCCCUCCUGACUCACCGGCCCUGGCGCCUGGGCAGCAGGUGAGGAUGCCGCUGGGCUGCCUGGGGUCCGAGCCCAGUGCAGAACCGCCACCGUGAGCAUUCAGCUUUCAUCGCGGCCGCCUGUCCGUGCCCAUGCAUCUGGAAAUCUGAUUUAGAGUUGUAGGUGAAUUUUCUCUUCCUCCAAUUCAUUUGUUAAGUCUUUGUUCUUUUUCUGUGUUUCUGUUUGUUUUUAGGUUUGUUUUGUUGUCGUUUUCUUUGGUGUUUGAAGAGGCUCUGGGAUAGACGGUUAAGUAGUAGAAAAUUUAGUUUAGGGAAAGCCCUCCCACAGGUGGGAAAUUGCUCUCCCCUCUGCGGCUUGGACUUAUGUUUAUUGUCAGGGGGAGUUUUUACAUGGAAAUGGCAAUGGGAAAAUUCAGAUAUUUUCUUAGUAGUGCAGACCUUUACCCCUAGUCUAUGAAAAAACAAACCAAAAUAUGCUCUUGGGCCCAGGCCAGUGGUGAGUUAGAGGUAUGCUAUCACUGUUUGUAAGCAUCUGGGGAGGUACUGAACUAUAAGAACAUGCUUGGACACUUAGUCAUUGUUCUGUGUUUUUAUUAAUGAAGAAAAGGGAAGAUAGACUUCCGAGAGUUACUCUCCACCGGGUGGUGUGGCCCCAUAGCGAAGUCUAAACGCCUGUAGAGAUAGAGCUAACUGGUGUGGUUGCAGUGACCUUGUAGAGGAAAUCAGUUCAUUACUUUCAGAUCAUUCAGUGAGCUCUCUUUUCCUAAGGAAGUUUAAAUGUCCUUAGUUAGGGACUGACUUUCUUAAGUAAGUUUAAAUUUACUACAUAUUGUGAAGAGACAGGAUCAAGUUCAGAAUCCUUAAAUGUCUGAUAAGGCAUCACUUGGAUGAAGAGGUGGGCGAUUUGGCUCUAACAGCUGGAGAUGAAGGCACACUCAUACCACAUACAAGGGAGGAUUUGGAGCUUUUAAGCCAGUUUCAGAUUUACUCUGAAAUGUGGAGCAUUCCUGCAAGACUGUGCAGCUCACGGAAUAUAGAAGACAUGGCAUUUUACUCAGAAGUCAUAAGUGUUUGCCCCCCUCAUUUACCUCGUAUUACCAAGAAAGAAAAUGUUAUUGAUACUAAACACCAUCAGUUCAGAGGGAGGAUGUGUGUGUGUGCCCGCAUAUGUGUGUGCGUGCGUGUGUGCGCACAUAGCUUUAAAAGAAGACAUUCAAAAUUUGAUGUGUGCUACAAGCCUCAUGAAAGAACAAAAGAAAGGAAGCCUUUUGAUAUGCAUUCGCUAUUCCCAGAUGUACGCCAUGCCUUUUCCAUGUCCCUCCUAUCUCUGUUGAACUUAUGAAUCAUACUCAUUACUUUUCAGCUUUUUAAAAGGCCAAUUUUUGUCCAGUUUUCUCUCUUCCAGUCCCAGCUGAAAUUAGUGGAAAGAAAGUUUGAUGGAGCUUUCAGCUUUGAACAAAAUCCCUUCAUUGUAAACUAGCACCAUCUUUAUCCAGGUCUUACCCAGUCAGGCUAAUUCCAGAAACUUGUGGUUUUUAGUGUAAAGUCUGUCUACCUUUAGCCAGGCACAGGACAGCCCUAUGAAAAAAUACCCAAUAGAUAUUUUUUGGAAAUGAAACAUUAAAAGAACUUAAAAAGUAAUUUUUGGAAAUGAGGCUUCAAUUAGAAUUAUUUUUCUCAAAAAAAAAAACCACAAAAAAAAAAAAAACAACAAAAAACCACUCUUCUCCAAAUGCCCAAGACUUCUUUCAAAAUUAGUUAGAAACUUAAGUAAAAUACAAGUCCACACCAUCCCCAAAUUACAAAAUGGACUUACCCUUGAGAGGGCAUCUGCAGAAUGUCAUCAGGGACAAAGAUCUCGAGGCUAACGAUGUAGGUUUCAUUUCUCAGACUUUGUAAUAUAAGGCAAGCCCUCUCUCAGAGCUGCCAUCAUCACUUUUUGAAUUUCUUUGGGGGUUAUUUAAUGAAAAACAUGCUAUGUUUUGUUUUAAGCUGAAGUCCUAUUCUGGACACUCUGCUUUGGGAAAAAAUGUUAUCAUUUAAUUUCCUUUCUGCAAAUUAAAACUAAUGAAGUGUGGCCUUGUCAAAGGCUAUGGAGAUGUUCCGGGCAUACUGCUGUGCUCUGUGCUUUCCAACAGGCGCUCCUCCCUCGCGCAGGAGACUCAGUUGUCCUGAGAGAGAUGAAGCAGCCUCGAAGCAGAUGCUGCGUUUUCCAUAAACCUGAUUUUGCCUCACAUGAACCAAAGACUCUCAAAACUCCGCUUCUAUAGAAUUAGCUGAAUAAAGGCAUUUUACUGAUA